GUUAUAUAUAAUCAAACCCCUAUCGCCGCCGACUAGCGACGGCGUACGGCUCAUAAAUUCCUCUCUACGCUAUCUCACUUCAUUUACGCCUGAUUUCGACUCUGAAUCACCAAUCGACUCCAAAAUAUGUCGGAAAAAUUCUCGGCGACGCUACGGAUCGGAGACCUCAACGAUUUCAUCGCACCAUCACAAGGAUGUGUUGUUUCUAUGAAGUCCGGUUCCGCUAGACUUGCUGAUAAACCAAAGAAGCUUGCAAAAGCAGCACCUGCUAAAGAAACACUUCAAACAGAUCCAGUAAAAAUAUCACUCAAGGAUUGCCUAGCUUGCAGUGGGUGCAUUACUUCUGCAGAGACUGUUAUGCUAGAGAAGCAAAGCUUGGAUGAGUUUCUUUCUAAUAUAAACAAUGGAAAAACUGUUAUAGUUUCUCUUUCACCCCAGUCUAGGGCUUCUAUUGCUGUGCAUUACGGUCUUUCUCCAGUUCAGGUUUUCAGGAAACUAACCACAUUGUUUAAGUCAUUGGGAGUUAAAGCUAUAUAUGAUACCAGCUGUAGUAGAGAUUUGUCUCUUAUUGAAUCUUGUAACGAGUUCAUAUCACGAUAUAAACAAAGCCGUUUAGAUGACAAGGAAUCUAAAUCAUUUCUACCCAUGAUAUCCUCUGCAUGCCCAGGUUGGAUAUGCUAUGCUGAGAAAACACUUGGUUCAUUUGUUCUGCCAUAUAUAUCUUCAGUGAAGAGCCCCCAACAAUCCAUUGGAGCUAUCAUCAAACACCAUUUAUGCCAUAAAUUAGGUGUUCGGCCAAGUGAUAUUUAUCAUGUGACAGUGAUGCCUUGUUACGACAAAAAGCUUGAGGCUUCUAGGGAUGAUUUUGUUUUCCAAGACCAAGAUCAAAUGACUACAGAGGUAGAUUCUGUGCUGACAACUGGAGAGGUUAUAGAUUUAAUACAGUUAAAAGCAGUAGACUUCAGCAAUUUGGAUGAGUCUCCUCUUGAUAAAAUAUUAUCCAAUGUGAGUGAAGAAGGAAAUCUUUUUGGGGUUAGGGGAAGUUCAGGAGGAUAUGCAGAUACAAUAUUCCGUUAUGCUGCCAAAACACUGUUUGGUCAUGAUAUCAGAGGGCCUCUGGAUUUCAGAACCGUAAGGAACUUAGAUUUCCAGGAAGUUACUUUAGAAGUAGAUGGUAAAACUGUAUUGAAGUUUGCUCUAUGUUAUGGUUUCCGGAACUUGCAAAAUGUAGUGAGGAAACUUAAAAUUGGGAAAUCUGAUUACGACUAUUUAGAGAUCAUGGCUUGCCCUUCAGGGUGCUUGAAUGGAGGUGGCCAACUGAAGCCAAAACCAGGUCAAUCCGGGAAAGACUUGAUUCAAGCAUUGGAGACGGCAUAUAUGGAAAAUGUUUUGGUCACUGAUCCAUUUGAAAACCCAAUUGUGAAGAUCUUGUACGACGAGUGGCUGGAACAUCCUGGUUCUGAAAAAGCUAAACAACACAUACACACAGAAUAUCACCCAAUCGUAAAAAGUAUUACAUCUCAGCUAAAUAACUGGUAACACAUAAAUCGUUCAUCUUUAGCUCCGGACCCGUUUUCUUACUCCUGCUGCUGGUGCUCUGCUCGUCACUAAUUGUCAUUUCCUGUUCUAAAAUUUUGGUGAGUCACAAAUUUUGAUGAUUGCAGUGGAUUUUUAUUUAUACUGCACUGCAAGAAAAUGCGAGCUGGGAAAGGGAAAGGAUGAUUGCCGUCUUUCUAGUUUCCAUGUAUUUUGUAUUGUUAUGGUAUAUGUUUCGAUCUAGUUUUAUAGCAUUCGGGUGAAAAGGCACAUAUUUUUAUGUACGGACUGUUUUAACUGACUUCUGUUGCUUUGUUUUGUUAUACUUUCCAUUCCUUCUA